UCUCAGAGCUUAACGAAUCAGCACACUCCCAAAUGGCUGACAUGGCAGAAAACCAACGCCGGAUCAUGGUGGCCGUCGAUGAAGGAGAGGAAAGCAUGUACGCCCUCUCAUGGUGUCUCAAAAACCUAUGUUUCCAAAAUUCCAAAGAUACCCUUAUCCUCUUAUACGUCAAGCCCCCUCGUGCCGUUUAUUCAGCCUUCGAUGGUACAGGUAUGGGAUACAUGUUUUCGUCUGAGAUAACUGCAACCAUGGAGAGGUAUAGCCAACAAGUGGCCGAUUGUGUCAUAGAGAAAGCUAAGAAAUUGUGUGACAAUCUUGAAAAUGUGGAGACGAGGGUAGAGAAUGGCGACCCGAGGGAUGUGAUAUGUCAAAUGGUUCAAAAGUUGGGUGCUGAUGUCUUAGUCAUGGGAAGCCAUGGCUAUGGUCUCAUCAAGAGGGCUUUCCUAGGAAGCGUGAGCAAUCACUGUGCACAGAAUGUGAAGUGCCCUGUUUUGAUAGUGAAGAAGCCAAAAUCAACUGGCGGAGACAUAUAAUGAUCUUUGUUAGUUUCGUUCCUUUUGUAAAUAGUUUAUUUCUGUCGCUUAUGUGACAUUUGGAUUGUGUGUGUUUUGUUUGUUCCUCCUCCAAGGGUAUCUCUUGCUAAACGGUGAAUGUUAAAGGCUAAAGUGGUGGGUUUAUUUAUAAUUAUAUAUGGA